CGUCCAGGGGAGAAUACCUCAUCGGCUGAUCAUCCUGAGGGCCGAGGGGACGUGCAACUCUUUAAAAGAGGGGAGAAACUAGGCAUGGCAUUCAUCUACCUGUGUGAAUCAACUUAGGGAGAUUGCAUCGGAGCUUGAAGAAGAUCAUGUUGUUCCAUCGAAGGCCACGGCCGCUUGACCACUCGGCCUCUUAAAAGGAGUCAAGCUGCAGCUGCACUUGUUCUUUAUGAUAACUAAAUUCACAAGAUGGUAGAAGCCCAUCACCUCAACGAGGAUAUUUACCAAAACAUCCUGUCCAGAUUGCCUGCAAAAUCACUACUGCAGUACAGGACUGUCUCCAAGCAAUGGAGGGCCAUGAUCUCUGACCCUCAAUUCAUCUCCCUGCAUGCUUCGAAUUCAUGCAGCAAAAGCUCUCAUGUCUUUGCCUCCGUCUACCUCAAGGGCUCAAGACCGUUUCUUUGGAACGCCUCCGCAGCAGGCAUCCAUUCUGCUCUGGAGUCCUUCCUCCUGCAGAAGGGUGCUGAUAUUGUCGGUUCCUGCAACGGCCUUGUGUUCUGUUGGAACUAUGAUGGCCUCUCAAGCUCCAUCAUGAUACUGAACCCCACCAACAUGGACUACAUUUCCCUUCCGGACCCGUUAAAAGAAAUGUCAUUGAUGUGCCAAGAACCAUUUGCCAGUUAUUCCAUUGAGACCAGCGUUGGCUUGGCCUUUGACCCUUGCAUGGGAUCCACCGGCUUCAAUUACCAAGUUGUACUAGUUGAAGCCCUUGUUCCAAAUUGGCAGGCUUCAUAUGAAACACCCCAUGGCUUGAAGUUCCAAAUUUACAAUUCAAAAACUGGUGCAUGGUCUAUGUCAGGAGAAACUAAUAGCAGCCACACUCUGUCUGAUGCAAGCCCUGUGUAUCAUAAAGGAGUUCUAUUUUGGCUUUCCAUCAAGGCGCAGAUUCUUGCUUUUGAUGUAGAGAGACAGCAAUCUUGCUUAUUGGAGUUGCCAUCACAAAUUGUGGAAGAAAAGCGGAACACCAGCUCUGCAAAUUGCGACGAUGAAUGGUUCGGAGCCUUAGGUGGAGGUCUCUGCUAUUUGAGAACUGGCAAUACUACAGUGAAUGUGUGGACUGCCACUGCAGAUUACAAGGAAGCCCAGUGGGUUCUGAAGUACAGUUUGUGCUUGCAGAGCAUAGUCUACAAUCACCUUUGUCUUUUGAAUUCGCUACUGAACCGGCACACUUGUUCUAGUGAGAUGGUGUGCUCGAAGAGAAGCUUGGACCUCAAAGUGUGUGAGAUGGACAUGAAGUUUUUCCAUCCAUUGUGUCUCUGUGGAGAUAACAGAGUCCUUCUGAGGGCGGGGGACAGCAUUCUUUCUUAUGAUAUUGAGACAGAGACUUUCGUGGAGUGUUGCGAUUUUCGUAAUGUGAACUUUUUUUAUGUCUACCCGCAUUGCAGCAAUCUUGUCACUUUUAGCCUUUUCAAGAGAAAUUAAGCGAACUUUUUGGGUGGUUGCUUGCUGCCUUUCGCUUUGAAGCUUGUUGUGAUAAACGUAUUGGAAGUUCUCAGUAAACCAGUAUCAGUAAUUUAGAUGAUAGUGCCAACUGGUGCAGUAUAUGGCUUUAGACUCGAAAUCAGUUAGAGUAACAUCUCUCCCUCUCUCUCUUUUUGCAUGUGGGAUAUGCACAUUGAUAUAAUGCUAU